AGAAUAUUUUUAAUGUAUUGUGGACCGUUUCCAACAUUUUGCUUCUUGUCUUUCUUGUUCUGUUAGGAUAUAUAAGACUCUUCACAGUGAGAUGGAAUGUCAAGCACAAAACUUGUUUCCUCCAAACAGGUUGAAGACAUAGAUAACAGAAGUAAAUUUAGAGAUGAGAAUGGAGAGGCUUACUUUUUUGGUGUUAGCCACUAUAGUUGGUCUUCUAAGUCUGAUAGGCUCCACUCAAGCUCAGCUAAAGCUUGGUUUCUAUGCCAAAAGCUGCCCAAAAGCUGAGAAGAUUGUACUAGAUUUCGUUCACCAGCAUAUCCACAAUGCCCCUUCAUUGGCAGCAACUUUCAUUAGAAUGCACUUUCAUGAUUGCUUUGUCAGGGGUUGUGAUGCAUCUGUGCUCAUAAACUCCACCUCAAAUAACCAAGCUGAGAAGGAUUCUCAACCAAAUCAAACACUCAGAGGCUUUGACUUCAUUGAUAGAGUCAAAAGCUUACUUGAAGAUGAAUGCCCUGGAGUGGUCUCUUGCGCAGAUGUUCUUUCCUUGAUUGCAAGAGAUACCAUUGUAGCCACAGGAGGACCUUACUGGGAAGUUCCAACUGGCCGAAGAGAUGGAGUGAUCUCAAGAUCAAGUGAAGCUUUGAAUGACAUUCCUCCUCCAUUUGGAAACUUGUCCACGCUCCAAAGACUUUUCGCAAACCAAGGGCUUGAUCUAAAAGACUUGGUGUUACUAUCUGGCGCUCACACAAUCGGCAUAGCACACUGCCAAUCAUUCAGCAAUCGACUCUACAAUUUCACCGGGGUCGGAGACCAAGAUCCCUCUCUAGACCCAAGAUACGCCGCUAAUCUGAAGGCUAACAAAUGCAGAACUCCCACCGCCAACAACAAAGUGGAAAUGGACCCAGGAAGUCGCAACACUUUUGACCUUAGCUACUAUUCUCUUCUACUAAAAAGGAGGGGCCUCUUCGAAUCCGAUGCUGCUCUGACAACAGACGCAACUACAUUGGGUUUAGUUCAGAAACUGGUAGAAGGACCCAUUGAAGAAUUCUUCGCUGAAUUUGCAGCAUCCAUGGAGAAAAUGGGUCGGAUUAAAGUGAAAACUGGAACUGAAGGUGAAAUCAGAAGGAAAUGCGCUGUGGUGAAUAAUAGUUGAUUGGUUGUAACUUGGAAAUGGGUGUGGGUGAGUAUGUGUGUGUGAGUGUGAAAUGUUUUGGUUAAAUAUCGUUGAAUCAUGAAUGUGGUUAGUGGGGAAUUUAUCCUUUUUGUUGGGGGGAGAUUUGUGGGGUUGAAUAAUUGGAAUUCCAUUGUAAUGUUCUUUUUCUUGUAUUGUCAGGUUAAUAUUUAAUAAAUAUUCUGAUUUUGAAUAAUUUA